AAGUGACUGGAGAGUCAUUGUGGUAGAAAUCUGUUAGCGAUAUAGUGCACAUUCUAGUAUUAAGACUGAACUAUUUUUUUAAGUGAUGUGAUUUUGAUUCUAGGAGGUUUUUAAAAUAAUUUUUCAUUAAUUUAGUGAGUGGAAAGACGACGAAAGAUGGAAGAUCAGGUCACAAAAAAUAUCGCCACCUGAGCGUCAGUCAUGUCUCCCCGGACUAAAAUGAAAAUCCUGAAAAAUGGUAGUCGAAACCCUGUUCAUAUCAACCGCCCUUAAAACCAUCGGAAUUGUCGGUUCAACCCUCUGGAUCAUCCCUUUGAUUUUCGCUGGAAUUUCCUAUUACCACUACGACAAACUCGAUCCGGAAUCGCCCAUCAUCAACCGGAAAACACUCUACAAAGAGUACGACUUUGUAGUCGUUGGGGGUGGCUCAGCGGGGGCGGUUGUAGCCUCGCGCCUAUCCGAAAUCCCUUCCUGGAAUGUUCUCCUCCUUGAAGCCGGUCCGGACGAGAAUGAAAUUUCAGACGUUCCCUCAUUGGCUGCUUAUCUCCAAUUGUCGAAACUUGAUUGGACGUAUAAAACGGAACCUACAGGAAGGGCGUGUCUCGGGAUGAAAAAUGGGCGGUGCAAUUGGCCCAGAGGCAAGGUUUUGGGCGGGUCGAGUGUACUAAACUAUAUGUUAUAUGUUCGGGGGAAUCGACACGAUUAUGACCAAUGGGAGGCAAUGGGAAAUCAUGGCUGGAAUUACGAAAAUGUCCUCCAUUAUUUCAAAAAAUCGGAAGAUAACAGAAACCCGUAUUUGGCACGUACCAAAUAUCACAAUCAAGGGGGGUUAUUAACGGUUCAGGAAUCUCCAUGGAGGACUCCCUUAGUCCUGGCCUUUGUCCAAGCGGGUACCGAGCUUGGGUACCCCAAUAGAGACAUAAAUGGUGCCGAGCAAGCUGGUUUUAUGGUUGCUCAAGGUACCAUAAGACGUGGUUCCCGCUGCUCUACCGCCAAGGCUUUCCUCCGGCCUGUCAGACUCCGGAAAAACAUCCACAUCGCUCUAAACUCACACGUGACUCGAGUCCUAAUCAACCCAUCAACCAUGCGAGCCUUCGGGGUCGAAUUUGUCCGAAAUGGUCAUAAACAAAUCGUUUUAGCCCGGAAAGAAGUCAUAAUGAGUGCUGGCGCUAUUAACACUCCUCAAAUCCUCAUGUUAUCAGGGAUCGGCCCUCAACCCCAACUCUCAAAGUUCGGAAUCCCAGUCCUGAGGGAUCUCCCUGUUGGGGAGAACCUCCAGGACCAUGUUGGUAUGGGAGGAUUCACUUUUCUAGUCGACAAAUCCGUUUCCAUAGUCCAGGACAGAUUCCAGGCCUUCGCUAUGACCAUGCAAUACGUCAUGAACGCCAAAGGCCCAAUGACGACUCUUGGAGGUGUCGAAGGCCUCGCGUUCAUAAAUACCAAAUAUGGUAACCGUUCCUGGCCCGAUGUCCAAUUCCACAUGGCACCUGCGAGUAUCAAUUCGGACGCUGGAGUCCGAGUCCGGAAAGUUUUAGGCCUCACGGACCACCUCUACAACACUGUAUACCGCCCUAUAGCCAAUAAGGACGUCUUCACGCUUAUGCCCCUCCUCCUGAGGCCUAAAUCCCGCGGUUGGGUACGCCUCCAAAGCAAAAAUCCCUUCGUCCCGCCUGUAAUCAACGCCAACUAUUUCGAUGAUCCCAUCGAUAUUAAAAUAUUAGUUGAAGGGGCCAAAAUGGCAAUAAAAAUUGGAGAAGCUCAAGCUUUUAAGCAAUUUGGAGCAAGGGUGCAUAGAAUCAAGUUUCCAAACUGUAGGGAUUUCGAGUUUGGAAGUGAUGAGUAUUUGGAGUGCCAUAUAAGGACUAUUUCGAUGACGAUUUAUCAUCCAGUAGGGACGUGCAAGAUGGGGCCAAGUUGGGACAAGGAAGCUGUGGUCGAUCCCAGAUUGAAGGUGUAUGGAGUGGAGGGAUUGAGGGUGAUCGAUGCGUCUAUCAUGCCAACGAUUCCGAGCGGAAAUACAAACGCACCGGCUAUUAUGGUGGGGGAAAAAGGGGCGGAUUUGGUCAAAGAGGAUUGGUUGCAACGAUAGACUUUUAAAAAGUGAUAAUCUAGUUUUUGGUAUUAUUUAUACAUCGUUUUUCAUCCGUUCAUUCAUUUCACGCAUGUGCUAUACAUAAUUUUUUUCUACAACUACCUCAAUAUACAGAGUGGAAUUUUUAUCUGGAAUAAAAUUCAUAAUUUGAAUAUAAGCGAUUUUUGUAAAAAAUCCUGAAACAGGUCGGUUUUAAUUUUUCCUUGCACAUCAUUUGACACAUAUGGUUUUUGUUUAUCUGCUUUCUGAAAUGCACAGCCACCUAUAACUUUUUUUUUCACGUGUAAUGGUAUGAGAAGUGACACCUCGUUUGAAAGGGGAAUUUUAUGUACUAUUUAUUUUCUGAUUAUUUUCAAAGCCGACGUGAUAAAAAGUAAAACCAAUCUUAUAAGAUGAAUACUAUUUAAUGCAACAGAUAUUAAAAAUGGAUAUCGUCCUUUCCUGAGAAACUGCAAAAUUUUGCAUUUUGCAACAUUUCGAGUGUGAUUUGCGACAAAAUCGAAUAACAUUGAGGACCUUAGGGAACGUUUUAGGAAUAAAAUUAUGCAAAUCACCCGAAAUGUUGCAAAAGGUAAAAAAUGCGUGUUACUUUUGAUUUGCAAUUUGCCCGGAAAGGAACGUUGCCAAUUUUGGACAUUUAUUGCAUUAAUAGUAUUCAAGUUAAGAAUGUGUUCUUAUUGUUUUAUUACGUAGGCUUAGGAAAUAUUCAGAAAACAAAUGGUACGUUGUAUUGCUUGUGACGUGGGCUUUCAAAUGAGGUGUCACUUGUCAUCCCAUUACAUUUGAAAAAAAAAGUUAUAGGUGGCUAUGCAUUUCAGAGAGCAGAUAAACAAAAACCAUAUGUGUUAAAUGAUGCGCAUGGAAAAAUAAAAAUCGACCUGUUUCAGGAUUUUUCACAAAAAUCGCUUAUAUUUAAAUUAUAAAUUUUAUUCCAGUUAAAAAUUACACUUUGUAUGCUAAAAAUUAUAUAAGAGUACUUAUGAGAUGUUUUUCUGCUUUUGAGUAAUUAAACAUAGAUUUUAUUCGACAAAUAUUCAAAAUGUCACAAUGUAAACGGCUCUAGGAUGUUAUUAUAUGAUAUUUUUUCUACAACUGCAUAACUAUAUUUUUGAGCUUCGCAUUUGAACUUGUAAUUAAAAGUAAUUGGCUCUUUUUUAAAAUCUGCAACUAUAAUAUCUAUUUUUUUCUACGACUGACUUAAGUAGUCAAUGUAAAUACUUAAACAACUCAUAAAUCAUGCAAAUGCUUCUGAAUUCUUACGUUAAAGAUUAUUUCAACGUUAUUCACAAAUCUACAGGGUGUUAGAACUUGCGUCCCAGAGAAAAAUUUCAAGGAAUGUAAGAUACCAAGAGCAUAGAAAAAAUGUUUAAAAAAUUCUGUCAAAAAAUUUUGACUUUUUUUGACAUUUGACUAUGUUUUAUGUCUAUUUAAUG